ACAUGGAUUUACCAGGCUUCCUCUCCUGAGAUUGUGUUUGUGUAUCGGACGCUCGCUGUCAUUCAGACUGAAGAUCUCUGGCUGUCUCUUUAUAAGCACGUACUACUAAUCGAGACCAACUGCCCUAAACACACACACACACACACACACACACACGCGCAGUGUCUCAUGGCACGGCUGAGUUAGUUCGGUGUGAUACCUGUCGAUCUCUCUGCCUGUCUGUUUGACCUCAGCUGUGGAUUUGAUGGUGCUCAGGCGUGUGUUCACAGCCGCUAGUGGAGUAUGGGUACGACUGCCAGCGCUGCUCCCCAGCCCACGCUGCAUGAGGGUUUCCACGGCAACGGGAUGAUGGACAGCAGGCGAUCGCAAAGCAGCGGGUCUUUCAAGACUGUCAACAUUCACAAUAACAAAGCCAAAUCCAUCAUCACUAAUAAAGUGGCACCGGUGGUCAUCACGUAUAACUGCAGUCAGGAGUUUCAGAUCCAUGAUGAUGUUCUCAGAUCAAACUAUAAAGUUGGUCGGAUCUCUGACAACAUGCCCGAGCAUCAUCUGGUCCAGGGUUCCUACUUCAUGGUGCAGGACGUGUUCAGCAAAGCAGAUGUACUCAACACCAGUGGCACGUACGGAGCGCCCAACUUCAGACAGGGCAAAGGCAGCUACCCGCUGUAUGGCAUGGGCCAGCCCAGCCUGAAUGGUUUCAAACAGGUCCUCCAGAGACUGCAGGGCCAAGGUCAUCAGGAGGUGAUUUUCUUCUGUUUACGUGAGGAGCCUGUAGUCUUUCUGCGUUUGGAGGGCGAUUUUAUUCCGUACACUCCAAGGAAAAAGGAAAACCUACAUGAGAACCUGCAUGGACUGGGACGAGAUGUUACUGCUGAGAAUCUAGAACUCACCAUCAGAAAAGAGCUUCAUGACUUUGCCAAACUGAAUGAUGACGUGUUCUACGUCUAUAACGACAUCGAGCAUUUUAAAGGAGAACCACAGAAAAUCUCCAUAUCCUAUGAAGAAGACAUUCAUGUUACAGAGGAGGUGUAUAAGAGACCGCAGUUCACGAUGCCCUCAUACAGGUAUUACCGUCUGCCGCUGCCGAUGGAGGGUGCACCACUAGAGGACGAGUUUGACGCCUUUGUGAACGUUCUCAGGGAGAAUCCGUCUCUCUCUUUGAGUCGUGAUGCGUCUCGUCCGCUGCCCGCUCUGUUGUUCAGUUGUCAGGUGGGUGUCGGUCGCACUAAUCUGGGUCUGAUCCUGGGCUCAUUAGUGAUGAUUCACCUCACACGAGUGACACAGGAGCCAGCACCACCAGUCGAAGAGGAAGUAACAGCUGAACCUAAAAUGCAAUUCCAGGUGAUCCAAACACUCAUCAGUAAGCUGCCUAAAGGUCAAGAGGUCAUGGAAGAGGUGGAUCGGGCUAUAGAUCUGUGUUCGGAAAUGCACGACAUCAGAGAGGCCAUUUAUGAGAACAAACGCAAGUUGGAGGGAAUUGGUGAAAAUUAUCAGAUCCAGGGCAGCACUACUAAAGACUACUUCCUCCAGAGAACUCUACAGAGUCUAGAGCGAUAUUUCUACCUGAUCGUCUUCAACGCUUACCUGCAUGAGCAGUAUCCGCUUGCGUUUGCGUGUAGUUUCAGCCAAUGGCUGUGCUCUCACGCCUGGAUGUACCGCCUCCUCUCCUGUAUGAACCAAUCAGAGCUCAGAGCACCAGCUGACUUAGUCACAAAAGGAGCUCGAGUUCUGGUUGCGGAUGAAUAUUUAGCCCCUGAUGUUCUGAGCACUAUUAAAGAGAUGAAAGUGGCUAACUUCAGACGAGUGCCCAAGAUGUCAGUCUACGGGAUGGCACAACCCACGUCUGAGGCGACAGCAGCGGUUCUGGCGUAUCUCACGGAUGAGAAGAGGAAGCACAGCAGCAUUUUAUGGGUGAAUUUACAGGAUGAGCUGGUCCUGGAGGCAAACGGUCAGAUCUUCUGUCCGAGAGAGCCCAUCUGUGUGGACCAGCAUGUAUCUGUGUUGCCCUCACAGCCUCAAGAGAUUGAGAGAUUGGAAGCAGCUCUGAAAGAGGAUCUUCUGGCCAGUCAGAAAUGGCUUGAAGUCACUCUUGAACAGGAGAAACAGAUGAAGAUGAUGAAGAGUUGUGUGACUGUUCAAGAGAUCUUCAACCAACACAAGAGUUCAAACCACACGCUGCAGUACUUACGCAUACCUCUAUCAGACUGCUCUGCUCCAGAUGAAGAGGGCUUCGACAGGUUGUUGGAGGCGAUGAAAGCUCGUCUUGCUGACGACUCUCUCUCUGCGUUUGUGUUCAACUGUUCUAACGGUAAAGGCCGGACGACCACGGCAAUGGUUAUGGCGACCCUCACGCUCUGGCAUUUCAAUGGUUUUCCAGAGUGCAGUGAAGAUGAAAUUGUGAGCGUUCCUGAUGCAAAAUACACAAAGGGUGAAUUUGAGAAUUCCCUCUGGUUCAUGGUGUAUGUCCAAAAAAACAUGGUAGUCAAAAGUUGACCCGCUUUCUGGCCAUGUGAGCCACAGGCACACUGAUGCUGUACAAAAGUGAAAACAGCCCGUUUCUGACCCGGGGUGAUGACGCAGGGUCUGACCCGACAUGACAGAGAGUGACCCAAAAUCACAAUCAGAAUCAUUGAGACACUCAUCACGCUCUCUGUAUCUGUCAAUUUCUGUUCCUCACGGCUGUUACAGAGUUUCAGAAACGCAAUGCAGUGACCUGUUGACCUCUCAGUAUUUAGGGCAUCAGUGACCUGCAGGUCCAUUCGUUUGGCCUGAAGGAGAAAACUGAUGUGUUAUGAAUAUUUGAUCGAUGCUUUUCUUCCAAAGGACUUACUUUCAAAAUGAUCUUCCUAUUUACUUUCAUAAUAAGUGUACUUGGCCUCAUUGGGUAAUUCACGCGAAAUACUGAUUUCACUCGGAUCACACUUGAUUGUUUUUGUAAAAGUGAACAAUUGUCUUUUCUUUUUGGAACAUGAAAGGGAUGUCUGAAAUCAUCAGUCAUUAUAAACCGUAUAGUCGAGACAUAUUUUAAAAUAUUUUUCAUCUUAAAGAGGUAUUUUCAAAUAGUUUAGUGGUCAAAAUCGAUCAUUUAAAGUGUCAUAGACACAUUUGUUGUGAAAAAAGGGAGGUGAUGGGUAUACAGGUAUCCAUGUUUGAAUUUCCUCUCUUGCUGAUGCAUCAUGGCAGAAUAAGUCUUUAUUUUUACAGAAAUGUUUUGCUUUGAAGUGUUGCAAAACAGAGGAAUGCCUUGAUAGACACCAGUUUUUUUUAUGUUAUCAAGAUAGUGAUUUUUGGAACGUUAAAUUAUUUUGAGUAACUGCUGGAUGUUGGAUGCAUGAUUUAACCUUUUAAUGCAUACCUUGGGUCUUUAGUGACCCAGGACCCCAUUCCACCCCCUGUACCUCAUCCAUUUUUUGGAGUUAUGUCCACAUGUUUUUUUUUUUUUUUUUUGGGGGGGGGGGGGGGGGGAUUUUUCCCCUUUUUCUCCCAAUUUGGAAUGCCCAAUUCCCAAUGCGCUCUAAGUCCUCGUGGUCGCACAGUGAUUCGCCUCAGUCCGGGUGGUGGAGGACGAAUCCCAGUUGCCUCCGCGUCUGAGACAGUCAACCUGCGCAUCUUAUCACGUGGCUUGUUGAGCGCGUUGCCACGGAGACAUAGCGCGUGUGGAGGCUUCACGCCAUCCACCGCGGCAUCCGCGCUCAAUUCACCAUGCUCCCCACCGAGAACGAACCACAUUAUAGCGACCACGAGGAGGUUACCCCAUGUGACUCUACCCUCCCUAGCAACUGGGCCAAUUUGGUUGCUUAGGAGACCUGGCUGGAGUCACUCAGCACGCCCUGGGAUUCGAACUAGCGAACUAGCGAACCCCAGGGGUGGUAGCCAGCGUAUUUUACCACUGAGCUACCCAGGCCCCCUAUGUCCACAUGUUUUCAGUAUUCCUCAACCUUUCUGCUCUCAUUAAUCUAACUAAAUAAACAUUUUAUAACUGCCUCAUUAUCAAAAAUGUAUAGGGUCAUUAAAGACCCGAGAUAUGUAAUUUUAAAUAAAGUUGCUAUUUAUUGCACUUCCAUAAGUCAUAAUUUUUAUGAUUAUUUCUUAUCAUUUUAAGUGUACUAUCACAUUAUGUACUGUAUAUCUUUGUUUAUUACAAGACAAAUGAGUACUGUAUUUAUACAAAAUACUAUAUCACGUUGAUUUUUUGUGUGACAAUGGUGAAUUAUCAGUAUCUCAUAUGCGUUCACACAUACAGUAUUAUACGUGCUAUUUCUUACUCAAGGUGGCGCUGUUAUUUCAGUGAUUGACUAGAUUUACACUUUAAAUUGCUAUUUGAUGAAGAAGCAACGUGGAAGUAAACUAUAGCAAGUUUAACACAUGAAAACUGUAUUUUGGCUAUUGUCGUUUGUGUGUACCAAUGAAAUUAAGUAAGUUGUUCUAUCUUUUUAGACUCCAUAAGUGCCUGAGAAAAUACAAAUAUGAAGCUUAAUAUGUGUUUGACAGUCAGUUGUGUCUCAUGAAAUUUCAGCAUUAAAGUAAUGAAUUGUCUUCCAUUUUUGUUGCGUAAUCUCUUUUUGUUAUAUGAAAAAUAAAACAAAAAUAUAUCAGAAUAUAUUCUUUUGUAUUAUAUUCUAAUUGUCUUGAAUAUGUUUUGAAAAUCGAACACUAUCUGGGCAUUUUGUAGAUCCAUUUGCGACAGAUAUAAGUGGCGGGUCGCUAAAGACCCGAGUACGUAAUAAUGUUUGGUGAAACACCCGUGCAUUUAAGGGUUAAAAAUAUAUAUUUUUUAAUUGUUAGUUUUGUUUAUGCUACAUUUAAUGUUCCUAAUUUUGAAUCUGGAUGCGUUGCGGUAAUGAUCAAUUUACCAGAAAAUUCGUAGGUUUUUUCCCCCAGUUUGGAAUGGCCAAUUCCCAAUGCGUGCCAAGUCCUCGUGGUGGCGUAAUGACUCGCCUCAAUCCGGGUGGCGGAGGACGAAUCUCAGUUGCCUCUAUGUGUGAGACCGUCAAUCCGUGCAUCUUAUCACGUGACUUGUUGAACGCAUUACCGCGGAGACAUAGCGCGUGUGGAGGCUUCACGCUAUUCUCCGCGGCAUCCACGCACAACUCACCACACGCCCCACCGAGAACGAGAACCACUAAUCGCGACCACGAGGAGGUUACCCCAUGUGACUCUACCCUCCCUAGCAACCGGGCCAAUUUGGUUGCUAAGGAGACCUGGCUGGAGUCACUCAGCACACCCUGGAUUCGAACUUGCGACUCCCGGUGUGAUAGUCAGAAAAUUCUUAGUUUUAAUUUUAACAAUUUAAUUUUCAGCUGACAUGACCGAGUCGUAAAGUGACACUUUACACCAUCCAAUAAGAUACAGAGGGAUAAGUUUGUACAUUGACACUGUGGCAGAAAAAUGGGUUGUGAAUGCUGUUUCAUGUUGACUUGAGACAUCUAUCUAUCACUCCGAGUGAUUGGAAGAGUGAAAACACUUCUCUUUGUGAUGUAUUAUUAUUGUGGGCAUUAAAUAAUAUGUGUUUGU